UGUUAGAGGUAAGAAAAAAGAAAUGGCGGUUCCACUUUUAAGUAAGAAGAUCGUGAAGAAGAGGGUCAAGAAGUUCAAGAGACCCCAAAGUGAUAGCAAAAUCUCCGUCAAGACAAACUGGCGUAGCCCCAAGGGAAUCGAUUCUCGUGUUAGAAGGAAGUUCAAGGGAUGCACUUUGAUGCCAAACAUUGGUUACGGUUCAGACAAGAAGACACGUCACUAUCUUCCGAAUGGCUUUAAGAAAUUUGUUGUGCACAAUGUCGGAGAGCUUGAACUGUUGAUGAUGCACAACAGGACAUACUGUGCCGAGAUCGCUCAUGAUUUUCCACAAAGAAGAGAAAAGAGAUUGUGGAACGAGCGGCGUAGCUUGAUGUUGUUGUUACUAACAAGCUUGCCAGGUUGCACAGCCAGGAGGAUGAAUGAAGGCAUAAGCUUGUAUUGGUUAUAUUUAUCAGUGAGCUUUGUUUGAUCAGCUUGCUUAUAAAUUUUGGGUAGUUUUGUUUUGUCGUAUCACAUUCUUAA